AUGGGCUUCACUGACCUCCUCACCGACGCCGGCCUUGCCGUGCUCGACAACUGGCUCCUUACCCGCUCCUACGUUAUCGGCUACUCGGCCUCGCAGGCUGAUGCCGUCACCUUCAAGGCCCUGAGUGCCGCGCCCGACGCCGCCAAGUACCCCAACGCGGCGCGCUGGUACAAGCACAUCGCCUCGUACGAGGACGAGUUCCCGACCCUUCCCGGCGACGCCAGCAAGCCCUACACCGUCUACGGCCCCGAGGUCGCCGCCGUCACCCUCAACCCCGCCAAGGCCCCCGCCGCCGAGGAGGAGGAGGACGAUGACGUCGAUCUCUUCGGCAGCGACGAGGAGGAGGACGCCGAGGCCGUCCGCGUCCGUGAGGAGCGCCUGGCCGAGUACCGCAAGAAGAAGGAGGGCAAGGUCAAGCCCGCCGCCAAGUCGAUCGUCACCAUGGACGUCAAGCCCUGGGAUGACGAGACCGACAUGGUUGGCCUCGAGGCUGCCGUCCGUAGCAUUGAGAAGGAUGGUCUGGUUUGGGGUGCCUCGCAGCUGAUUGCCGUUGGUUUCGGUAUCAAGAAGCUGCAGAUCAACCUGGUCGUCGAGGACGAGAAGGUCUCGACCGACGAGCUCGCUGAGGAGAUCACCGAGUUCGAGGACUACGUCCAGUCCGUGGAUGUCGUCGCCAUGCAGAAGCUCUAA